GAGGAGUAGGUUCGCGGGAGGAUGUCGUUGUAAACAAAUAGUGUUUGUGUAUUUAUUAACGAAAAUUGUAGUGAUAUUAAUAAUAGGAUUAACAAAAUGUCGUCGUUAUUACCUUCAGAACUCGGUCGUCUAGUUUUAGGUUUUUUAGAAGAGAAUGGCUGCCAGAAGGCUGCAGACCACCUACUGAAAGAGCUCCCAGCCCUGGCAGAAUGCGCUCAACUCCGGAAAAAGGGUCGGAAAAUCACCACUCGUAUUGGCAACAAGUCCCUAGAAGACAUGCUCGGAGAAUACACAGAUACAAAAGAUUUAGUUACAGAGAAAAAAAAGAAAUACCCUGUCUCACUUGCAAAGAUCCCGCUGUCCGAUAGGCUCUUGGAACAAGUGGAGUGCAUGAUAAGCCUAAUUUUGGAACUAAGGUCGGAGCGUAGUCAUCAUUUAGGUGCAGUUUUAAAAGAUCAUGGUUUAAGCCAGAGCACCCAUAUUGCUCGUCAAAAGAAAAUAUGGGCAAGUCGACCCUCAAUGCCACGAAAACAGCUUUUAAUGGAAGUAAACACUACACCAGUGAACAGCCUCCCAGGAUCCAGUUACUGUGAGCCAAUACGAGUGGAAAUCGCCGGCAAUGUUUCCUCCGCCGAACCAACUCCUUCCUACAAUGAGGUGUCAGACUGCCCACCGAGUCCUAUCAACAGCCCCCUCACCACUCCACCCCCCAUGCCAGUUGAUCGACUUGGUGAUGAGCGGGCGGAUCUUGCUGCCGGAGAUUCCGCGUCCCUCUCCAUGUCUGGGCCGGACUUUGACAUCACUCCUCAGAAGCGAAAAGGAAGUCAGGUCAAAAGAAGAAGUCAAGGUGGUAGUGCUGAAGUGACACCCAGUAAAGGCUCACCCAGUGAGGGAGAACCAAAUUUUGAGAAAAUCUUGAAAAAUCUUUAUGAGAACACUGCACUGCAUGAAAAGAUUGCCGAGAACAUAAACAAGGGCUUGUUAGGAAACCAAGGCAAGGUGGUAGCGAGGGACAGUGAGCCAGCUAGUAGUCGACUAAGCAGCAGCAACACGAUAGGAGGGGAUAUGGUAGUAGGCGCGGAAGGCAAGGCGAAGUUGGGUAGUGAAACAUCGUCAAACGCAGGUGGAGAAGCAGCCCUUAUCCGAGAACUGGAUCACAUCGUCACUGGUAUUAUCACCGAGACCACAGCAGAUCCAGCAUUUGAGAACCUUUUAGAAGAAGUCUUUGGCACAAAUUCUCCAAAUAAUUCUCCUUCCAAAAUGAGCACUGUUUCGCACAUGAGCCAAGACAACACAGAAGAUUCGUUACAUGAGCCAGCAAGACUUCUUUCCACUCCCGUUCCACCACCCCCUACCCAGACAGAAAUACGCGAACCCCACAUGUCCUCCAAUCCCCUCUCAUCUCCUCCUCCAUCCCCACCUCCUUCUCCUCCUCCACAUCCAUACGAGUCCCCUCAUUCCUCAGCUUAUCACCCUUCCCCUUCCUACUGCCCAUCCCCCUCUAUGCAUUCUGCUGCCCCUCCAGUACCCCAUUCCAGCCCCAAACGAGGUCCUUCUCCACACCUUGCAAGCUCCUCACCUUCCCACUCGUCCUCUGUGGUGAAGGAGACAGAGCUUUCUCCUCAAAUGGCUUGUGAAACCAGGAGGACAAGAAGCUCAUCCAAACGGGACAAAGCAUCCUCAUCAGGUAAAGACAUGAAGCUAGACAGCAGUAAAACAGCCACCGACACUUGUGGGAGUCAGUCACCAGUAAGGUUUUCUGAGUCAUCCAGUAGUAUUACAAAAUCUAACACCUUAGAGAAGAAUAGAUGCAGUGCAGAUGCAUCAUCUUCAGACCAUACGCAAGGAUCAGCAGGGAAAGGAAAGAAAAAGGGGAAACGAGGCAUGAGGAAUUCAGACUGGAAGGAAGAUGAACAGAAUCUUGGGGAUCAGCUUCUCCAAGAGUUUGCAGACUUUCAGUCAUCCCGUUCACAGAGGAUAAGUGAAAGUGACGGAAGUGUUGGGUCUGAUAGGACGGAUUUGAACAAAUUAAGUGAUGGUGCAUCUCAGUCCCAAGUUACAAAUCUUCCAGACAGUGGAUCAUCCUCAAAGACCACCUGUGAAAAACCCACAAAUAAUUUGGAUAAUACAAAUGAAAACAUUCCAUGCAUAGGUGUAAGUAGUUCGGAAAUGCUGCAGCAACAAGUUGAUAAAAAUGUAAUGGAAUCUGAACUUCUUCCACAAGCAGCUACAGGAAGUCCAAAUAACCUAAAUAGUCAAAAUAUGUCAGCUAGUCCAUGUAGAAGUGAGAGUGAUAUAAAUGGUAAGAAGCCUGAAGAGGGUGCUGUCAGUGGUCAUUGUCAAAAUAACAUCAUAGCUGGUGAGCAGUCUCAGCCACCGAAUGGCAAUCAACCUGUCCAAGAAGGCAGUGAGGGCAUUCAAAAUAAUUUAGAUAUGAUGUCAAUCAUGCCAGGAAACUCAAAUAUUAAUAGCAACUCAAUACCAGGAAUUUCUCAGGGUGUCCCAGGAACUACAGUGAAUAACCCAAUGCCUAAUAUCGAAAAACCUCCUUUGACAGUCAGAAGUACAACAGUGCCUGGUUUGAUACAGAAUCCACCAGUAACUAGUCCUAAUUACGAACAGCAACAGGUACCCAAUGAUUACUACACCCUAACUGAAUUGACUCCAGUUAACCCAGCACAACUUGCUUAUGACCCAUAUCCUGUAAAUCAAAGCUACCCCUACUAUUAUGAGCAAAAUAACACUAAUGCUGUUCCACCAACAUACAUGCAACCCCAGGUUAACAACCAAUGGGGAAUGAAUCCAGUGACCAAUGUGAAUAGUAUUCCCUUUAGUGAUGUCAAUACCAACACCUGGCAGCCUCCCGUACAGGCAGCGGAGACAGGUUUUAGUAAUACCAAUACUGAAAAGCCAGAUGCGGCACCAUCACCAUCCCAAGAAACCAGUGAAAGCCAGCUGAGCAGUUGUACGACAUUCACUAUACCACCAGAGGUGAAGGAGAACUUGAGUCAAGGUCAACUUGUUACCCUUGGAUCAGGUCCAUCUACUGUGACAUUAUUCCAGUUUCCAGUUGGUACAAAUCUCAGUGCACAAAAACAGCAAUACAAAAGAAAAUCCAGUGGAUCUAGUAAUAAAAAGAAGGUAGUGCGGAGAGCAACAUACCAACCAAUUGUUCCAAAGAUGCCACCGCCUGACUUAUUGUUGAUGAACUCUGUGUUUGAUAAUGCUGCAACUACAAAAUCUGCCUCUUCAGUGAAUUCACCUUCUGUAAGCACAGCGUCUUCAGAUAAACCUUCCACCAGUGUGUCAUCAUCAAAUCCAUCUUGUGGCAGUGCAUCAACAUCAGCUUUACCUCCAGUCACAAUAACCAUGGAAAAUGAUAUCACCAUAUCUAUGCCACAGAUUAGCGCAGGUUCCUCUGUUGAAGAGACUGGAGGGAAAAGUAUAAAGAAGUCACCAAAAUCAAUCAGUAGUUCAAGGAAAGGCAGGGUUGUCAAUGUGACAAAAGUUAAGAAACGAGGCUUAGGGAAGGCAGGCAAGAAGGCCAAAAGAUUACAGCAGAAAGUGGAUGAGUCUGUCUUGAACAACAACAUUGUGGCAACAGCAUUUUCCUUUGCCAUUAACUCUGUAACCCCAGGCAAAGAGGAUUCAGAGUCUGGAAAAUUGUCAGAUGAUGCUUCUUUCGCCAUCGAUGAUUCUUGUGGAAUGACAAUGCCAGAAAUUUCAGAGCUAAUGGAUCCUAAUGUUCUUCCUCCAGAGGAACCAGAAGUGGCUGUGGCCAAUGAUGCAGCUCAGCCUGACAGUGAUAAUGUGACUGAGGAAGGGAGACCAAGUCAAGAGGUGCAAAGUGAUAGUGCCUUAAUUGUUGAGGGACAAAAGGAGAAUACAGAACCAGAUUCCUCAGCAGUAAGCAGUGAGAGCACUGGGAAAUCUCCAACCUUAGUCUGCAGCGGAGGAAGAUCUCCACAGCUGAAGGCUCUUCUCUCACUUUCAAAGAGCAUUUCACCUUCCAAGAGCAAACUGGUGCGGAACAGAACAGUGUCGGUGCAUGAAAGUCCGUUAGUUCCGGGUCUCCCCAAGAGAGGCAGCCAAAGUACUCCAAGUCAUAAGAACAGUCAUGUGAGGGUAUUAGACUUUGGCACACCACAGAAAUGGAAAAGCCCAGAUCGUUUACCUGGUAGAGCAAUGGCAAGUUUGAAGUUCUCUCCUCCUUUGAAGAAGAAGAAGUCCCCCAAGAAAUCAGUACCAUCACCCCUUAGCAGGAAUUCUAAAUUCUCCAAGAUUUUGUCACCAAAGAAAAUGAUUCUUAAGAAAAUAUUAGAGGAAACGGAGAAGGAGCAAGCAUUGGAGAAUGAAAAGGAGAGAAAAUCAGUUGAGGAAAAUUUGGAGAGUGAGGUUACUGCAGCAAGAGAAACCCAGACCGAAAAAAUACCAGUUGCUUUACCAAAGAGUAAGAAAACAAGGAGAGGGUCUACUAGUUCAGUGAGUGAUCCUGUCCCGGCUAGUGAAGUCCACCAUAAUGUUGAGACAGAGGAUGAAGAGAGCCUAAUUCUUCGCAUAGAUGAUGAAGAUAGCUGUAGUUCAGAUGCUGGAACCAUCACAACAGAGACAACAAGCAUAGAGCUCUUUGAACUUCCAAAAGAAAUGGAGAGUGUGAAGCAUAGCCAGCAUAAAAAGUCUUCUUUAUCUGACUCUCAUGCAGUUCCUGUUACAGAAAAUGCUGCAGGUAUUCAGGGAGGGAGUGCAGUACCAUCAUGUGUUUUUAGUAAUUAUGAUUCAGAAAAUUCUAAUCUUAUUACUCCCUGUAAGCCAGAUGAUAUGGGUCUUGUUUUCUCUGGAGGACUGUUACCAGUAACCCCUAUGUGUCUGGAAGCGCCAACACCUCUCUUGAACAGUAUACGAAGUGUAAUGGGUAUACAAAAUGGGGAGCUCAAUACACCUCUCCUUCCAGCUGUCCCAAAGACACCUGCCGGGAAAACUCCUCUAAUCAAAGAUUAUCCCCAAGGCCCAUACUCAAAUAGCUCAGCUGGCACUUCCUAUUACCUGCCAUCAGAAAGAUCUGCGACAGACUCCGAUGGUUACUCUCCAUCAAGACUAGAAACUGUGUGGGAGAAGACCCUUGCAGAGACCUGUGACAUGACCCAAGAGAGAAAUCUUCACAAUGAAAAUUUGAACCUCAGGUCAAGUCCAAGAAAGAGCCCUCGCAAAAUGUCCCAGAAGGAAAUGGGUGAGGCCAUUGAACAAGAUUUAUUCAGGCUUUUCCCUGGGGAUGUGGUUGGAGCUGGCUCAAGCACAACUUGUACUACAGAUACUGCCGCAACAAGUGUCCCAGCACCCCAGGACACCAACCCUCCCAAGGCCAAGGAUACUUCAAAAGGUAAAGAGGGUAAGAGAAGGAGAAUCCCAUCCAAAAAAUAUCAGCAUCUGGCCGAAUCUGCCUGCUCUGAUGAUGACUUUGAAUUGCCUAGAAGUGCCACUCCCAGCUCAGAACUCAAGCGGAAAAAUAGGUCACCGAGUGAUGCAGCAGUUCCUAAAAACAAGUCAAAGAAGUUAAAAACGGUAGCAGGCAGUAGAGGGGAAAACAAAGGAAACGAGGCAGUUCCAGAGACCCAAAAGAAAGAUUUGGCCCCAAAGACUAUGAAGAAUGUGCAUGAUACAGUUUGUGAGAAACAAGUAGACUCCAAGAAGAAACAGGCAGGAAUGGGAAAAAGUCUUAGGAAAGCGUCAUCUGCAUCUACAUCAUCCUCAGAAAAGGAAAGAAAUUUAACCAAAAGUUCUGAAACAAAGCCUUCAGAAUCUGAUGAUUCAUGUAAUCAAAAAACACCCAAACACAACAAAUUUGAUUCACAAAAGAUUAUUAAAGAUUUUACAGUAAGCUUUAAUGCUGAACAGACAAGUAGCCCUAGGCAAAUGCACAGCAUUAGUUCAAGUUCAAGUUCUGUGAUACCAGGCAACAGUUUCAGUAAAAUAGAGUCCAAGAUAGCAUUAUCAACAGGUGAUAAAGGUGAAGGUAAUAUGAAUAUCCAUAUAGAAAAACUAAAUAGCCAGAAGGAAAAUGACACUGCUGGUAAUUCUGUGAACAAAUCAAAGUCUAAUGAUGAGAGAUCUGAUGAUUUGCAAGAUGUAGGUGACAAGAUAAAUGAACCUGUGGCAAAACUAAAAGAAAAUACUUCCAAGACCAUAAAGAAAGUUCCAUCAGCUGAAAAGGAGAAGGUAAAAGUAAACAAAACUAGUGAAUCAAAGGCUCGAGUUAGCCACCUGUUUGGAUCUGAUGUAAGUUUCUCAGAUGAUUCGGAUGAACUGAGCUGGAGUGGACCUGCUAAUGAGAGAGUACAAAAAUCUCCACUAAAGAUAGCUGAUUUGGAAGAACCAAGCAUUCUAAAAGAGACAAGUAAUGUGGUGUGUGGCAAACGACGUAUUGGAAGAGGUCGUGGUCGGCCUCUAAAAACUGCCCUGCCGAUAUCUCCAAGAAGAUCAGAGAGGACGGCAACCACAAGUCAGAGAAGCUGUUCUAGACAAGCCUUAAAUGCAAAACAAGCAUCACCCAGAGGACGUAGCAGGGGCUCCCAUAGCAGCGGCAGUAGCAGCAAGGAGUCAGGCAGUGGAAUGCCAGUUUCGCAGAUGAGAACAAGGUCCAAGUCUCCAGCAAAUGAAAAGAGUGUGCCAGAGGAGGUUAGCAGACAAAUGACCAGUGUCAGACGGAGAGGAAGAGGGGCCCGGUCACUUGCCAACCGGGGUCGUCCUGUGAGGAAGGACCAAGACUCAGCUAGAGUGUUGGAUGAGCAAGAUACAUUAGAGAGUGACAUGGAGGCUGAUACCACUGGAAAGCAGAAGAUGCCAUUUUCUGUGUGGGGUGCUGGUUUAAAAUCCCCUAUUGGUACAAGUAAAGGCAAGAGUCCUACAAGUUCAAAGGAGGAAUUGCAUAACCGUUGGAACACAAGCAUUGCCUCACACUGCACUUUCUCUGACAUCAACAUAACAGACACAGAGGAUGAAAGUCCUGGCAAAAUUCUGCGACAGAAGACCCCAGAGCAUUUUGUCCGGUUUCCCAAGUCAGAAACAGGCAAAAAGUUCAUGGAGUCUGACUCAUCGGGCUGUGCUCGCACACUGUCCUACAACAACAACAAUAGCAGUCACAAGGAAGGCACCCCAAGGAUCAAGAAUAAGGAUCUUGGGGAAGUUCAUAACAUCACUCCAAGUUCGCGGAGACAUAUUCGCAGUGCUUCAUCAAGUGCAGAAUCAGCAACAGAGGAAAUAUCUCAAGACGCUCAGGAGAUUACCUCACACUCACCAAAGAAGACAGUGAGCAAAUCUACCAAUGGGAGCCAUUCUUUAUCAGAAACAAGGAGUACAAAAUCUUCAAAGGAAAAUACCCCCAGUGAAGUUGCUCUGAAUGAAGAUCCACCGCCCACAACCACUGAGGACGCAACACCCAUUAAGUCAUCCAGCGAAGGCAGCUCUCCCUCCCCAUCAACAACGUCAGAGGCAUCAAGUUCUGAGAAGUCUGGAGUGUCACCUCUCAUGCAGUUCAAACCCUUGCCAGCCACACCAGAGAAGGAACUGGGUCAGAUUUGUCAAUCGAUCAUCAAGGAAAACAAUGCCAUGGUUGCGCUCCCCUCACCGAAGGGGCAACAGGAGAAGGAAAGGCAUAUGGAUCAGUCUGGUGCCUCAAGAACCAAAGACAGUGUUAAAAGAAUUCUCAACCUGAGUACAAAGAAAGCAGAAAGAAGUGUGAAUGAAGAGAAAAUGUUAAAGAAGGGAGCCCAUGAAUCAUUGCCUAGGAAGGAGAGUGAAGAUAUAGAAAUGGUUAAUGAUAAUGAAAGCAAUACCUCUGAUACAGUGAAAGGCACUCAUUCAGAUGGCAGGGGUGAUUCCCAUGAAUUAAAAACAAAGGUGCCAGAUGAAAAAGGCCAAAAAAGAAUAGGUGAGGAACAAGGAAAUCAGUUGCUGGCAGGACAGAGGGAUAACAAAACCCUUCGUGGAGGCUUAGACAAGGAUAACAGUUGUAAUUCUAAAGCCUCAGAAAAAGGAAGUACAACUUCUCUUGGCAAUGUCGUCAGCCCAGAACAUUCCUCAAAUCAAAGUUUUAUAUCAGAAGGCAAAAUGACAAAAGAAAACCUGUCCCCUCAGGAGAAAAAUGUUGAAAGCCAUAAUGCUAGUGAAGUGAUUGAAGAAGAGGAAGACUGGGAAGACAUGAUCAGUUUACAAACAUCUGAGUUCAUAGAUUUGUUUUCCCUUAAUUUAGAACCAGAGAAAGUCACCCCAAAACCAUCAUCAAAGGCAGCUAAAUCUAGGAAAGGAGUGAUUUCUUCAAAAGCUAAGAAACCUGCGAGUCCUAAUGCCGGCAGCAGAAUGGCACAACAGAAGAAAAUAAACAAUAGUCCAAAAAUCAAAGAACAAAAUCAUAACGAGGCAGUACCAGGUUCAGAGCGAGGCAGUGGGUCCCAGAGCUUGAGAGCUGAAAGCACUGAAAUGACAAGGGAACGAGGGAACAAGAGAUUAAGGGAAGAGACAUCACCGAGGGAUGCAGUGGACCCUGCAAAGAAGAAAACGCCAAGGAGAAUUCAGCCCAUCAAGAUUGGUGAAGUGAAUGGGGUCAGGAAGGACAGUAUUAGUAAAAGGAGUGCUGACUAUAGAAGUACCGGUCACAGCUUUCCAUCCGGAUUGAAAAGUAGUCUCGGGACGGUGAACGGGGAGAUGAUGUCAAGUGGUUUAGAGGAGAAGGAGGACAGGUCAGAAGUUUUCUCAGAGAAAGUUAGAAGGCGGGAUUCUGUUGCCCAUAAACGAGAAUCUCUUUUAGUCACAGGUGGUGGAGGUCAAAGUGAGAGAAGUGCAAGCUCUCUGUCUAGCACAAGCCCGGGACACCUACACAUCUCGGAGUCUCCCAUGGGUUUCGAGGGCUCUCCAAAUGCCCAUUUGGGGAAAACCAGCUCGCCCCAUCACUUUGCCCCAAUUAAGCUACCCCAAGAUAUAGAACCUUUGGCUACCCUUGAACCCAGCAGCCAGGGUCAGAAACAGUUGUCCACAGAGCCUCUCAACCCCAGUCAGAUGGGAAAGGAAACUACUGUGGAUCCAAGAAGUAAAAUAAAGGGCAUGACGCACACAGCCUCAGCCAUCUCGAAGGUGCCAGGAGUUGUUCCAAAUGAAGCAGAGACUUUAAGAGAGACCGAUGAUAGCUUAGUUGUUAACAGCAGACAAAGGCGGCCACGACAUAUGGCCCAGGAGUUGUGCAGUGGUGGAAGUCUGGAAAUAGCAAUGAGACCAGAUAAACCAGUAGCAAUUGUCACAAAACAUGGAUCUGAGUUUCAGACCAGUAGUGUCCACCUUAGUGAAGAAAGUACAAGCAGUGUAAUCUCCAUGCCUCCAACCCCUGGGAAACACCUGUUUGGACCUCCUCCGACAGCACAUACAAUCAGUCCAGCAGGCAGUUCAUCACAGUCCGAGUCUGGGCUGAUGCAAGGGCCAAUAGGUGUGCCACCCAAGAAGCGCAAAAAGCAAGAUGUUGCUGAAAAAAUUAAGUUGAAAAAAAUGCAAAAACUCAUGAAGAUGACAGACUUUGAUAAGUUCCUGGAAAAAAUACAUCGGUGAAGAAGGCAUGCUUAGUGGAAAAUAUCAAGUCUCUCCUGCUCCAAAAAAGGAAAAAUAUUAGGAAAAUGGUAUCUGGUGCUUUGUUGCUGUUGUUCUCAAAAGACAGAUCUAAACUCACCACAUACAGAGAAGUUAAUUUUGAUGAUGUGAAGAGUUACCAGUGUAAAGGAGGUCUACCUUCACAGAGAAAUAGGAAUAGUUAGUGCCCAUUUGGACAUCCUUUUAUUUCUCAUAUUUUCCUCAUGUACAUCGUCUCUUUUUCAUCUUAACUUCAUUCCUGAACGUACCUUCUCUUCUGCUCUAGUCCAGCCUCCACUGCCAAACUUCUCUUCACAUUUAAUGGUUUAGAUUACGUUGUUCCCAUGUCUGAUCAUCGACGGUGCUUCGUGAUGGGUAGAGUCUUCCCUCCAAAGCUUUAAUGAAGAAGAAAAGAAAGAGGAAAGAAAAGAAAAAUGGAUAUAAGCUGCAUAGAGUAUUUACAAAAUCCCACAGAACUGUAGGAAUCUUCAUGCUGGGCUUCCUCACCAUUGAUGAUAGGAUCCCAGCUGCUCAAGCCUACAGCAAUUUUAUUUGGUUUGAGAAAUGUUGUGCCAUGGGUGAAAUAGCAUUUACUAUUUUUAUUAUUCAUUUAUUUAUUGUUUUUUAUUACUGUGUCAGGCUAGUGACUUAAUACUUGGUGCUUGUGGCUGUUGCAUUGACAUUUUAUAAAAGGGUGAUGGAGAUUGCAAAAAUGGAAGAACACUUCCUUUUAUCAUCCAUUAGGUUCUGUGUGCUGUGACUUACCUCAUGUUUUGUAAGUACGUAUUUGUUAUUUUCCUCUUUAGGGGCUUAGGUGCAUCACAAGGAAAUUAAUGAGAUUCUGCAGUAUUAUUUGUGGAGGGGUUACAUUGGGAGACAUUGUACAUUACUGUGUGUUUUUCUUUUCAUAUUUUUAUAUUGUAGAUUUUACUUUGUUACCAAAGAUUUGAUGUAGUAUCAGCAAAUAUCACAGAAUGCACUAGGUUUCAGUGAAAAAAGUGAGUGCAUUUUUUAUUUUCUUAAUAGAAAAUGCAUAGGGAUAUUGGUGCACAAUUCUUUGAUCUUGUAAAUGGUUGUUUGGUGAAACAUGGCCUUGGAACCUGGGUCAUUUGCAGUUUGUCCUUCAGUCUUGAGUUAUUAUUAAGGUCACCUCUAUCCAUCUUUUCCUUUUGUGCAUUAUUGUGAUCUAUUUAUAUUACUUUGCCACUCUGAUAAUCUUGUUAUAAAUUAAUAUGUAUAUAAACUAUGUAGUAAGUAUAGUUUUCAUAUCAUUUGUUUGUUUUCUUUUAACAUACAAAUCAUACCUUACAAUGAAUAGUUUAUUUUUUGCUCAUAUAUAUAUACUGAAACUCGCGUUAUAGUGAUACUGAACCCUAUAACCUCAUCAUUUUUUUCUUUUUCUUUUUUUUUAUUACCACUGUAUAAUUCUCUCAGUAUUAGUCAUAUCAUGUACAAAAGUAACAAUAUGUAAUAUAUUUUUAUAUCAUGCAAUGGAGCCCUACAUGUAUAUUUUGUAUUCAGAGGUGAUGUCAGAAUAAUCUGAAUUAGCUGUGUAUAACAAGGAAAUGCAAAUAGAAUUGUCUCCAAGAA